AUGUUACCUCGGAUCAACCUCUUCGUCUUGUUGACCCUGGUAGUCACACCGGUGCUGACCCUCGACGUGCCGAGCAACGUGAAGGACUUCUACAGCUUUGUCCGAGGCCGGAACAAGUGCAAACACGCCCUCUCAAAAGGGUUUCACAGCAGCGAGGGGGACAGUGGAGACUUCGUCUACUGCGGAGAUUACCUGGACGAGUACCAAAUCAUCUACCUCCAAGGCAAGAAUGGCCAGCUCGCCAACAUGGACGUGGACUGCGACGGCGCGCAGGGCGGAGGGGACGGACGAUGCGCGAGCUCCACCGAUACCCAAUCUGAGACGACAUUCCGCGACACUCUGAGAGGGUACGGCACAGGCGGUCGAGACCUCAAUGCCUCGCUGCAUUCCUACGUCGUCUUCGGCAACGAGGGGACGAAGAGCGGCUGGCCGACUUUCGACCCGACCCAGCACGGCGUCCGGCCGCUCAGCCUCAUGGCCAUCGUAUGCAACGACAGACUGGUAAUGGAACUCUUGCUGAUCGUUGGGUGGGGUGUUUACGGCAUCUGGGGAGACACCAACGGCGACGACGGGCCCGAAGCCAUGGUCGGCGAGGCGUCCAUCUCUCUAGCUACCGCUUGCUACGGCAACAGCGUCAACGGCAAUUCGGGGCACGACGACAACGACGUCCUGUACAUCGCCUUCACGGGGGACGAGGCCGUUCCCGGGGCGAAUGGCGCCGCCUGGAACGCCACGAACUCGGAGGUUUUCGCCGACAGCAUAACGGAGCUGGGGAACAGGCUUGUUGCGCGCGUCGGGAGCGGCUGUGGCGGCGGUCCAUCCGUGGAGAAGUGGCCCAUGUAUUUUGCAGCCGUUAUUGGGAUUGCCCUGAUCAUGAGCUGA